GUUAGACGCGUUACCAUUAUCGCAAGAGCAAUAAAUGAACAUGGUCGUUGGGGAGAUAAGGGCCAUUAGAUAAAGAUUGUAGUUAUAACAGGCAAAUGGAUGCAUUCUGAGCAAAAGUGUAAAAUCUUUGUUGUAGUCAAACGCGUGUUCAGUUUGUGACAUUUGCGAGCAUUUUCAUUUAGCCAAUAUUCUUUAGUGUGGACCCAAGCAGAAAUGAAAUCUGAGGACACACUAACAAUCGCUCCAAGUCCAAUUCGGUUCUGCAAUUUCUGGAAAGAAAAUCGGUGGAAAGGAGUGGUAAACAUAAAAAACCGACGAGCUUAUUUACUGAUUUUUGGUUGUACGGGACUGCUAAUGUUUGCUUACUUCGCCCUAUAUUCGAAUGCAAAUCAUUUGACUUCUUGGUCUCCUUCAUUUUUCUUUGGCAUCACAAACGAUUCAUUCACAGACGAUUCACUAGCGAACUCUCUUGCUGAUUUGCGUGGCGAAACUAUCAGUGACUUUUUAUAUGACGAGGAAAAAGCUUUUUUUUUGGAAACUGGUGGCAAUGAAACACUGAACAUCCGGCAAGCGUGUGCAGUGGAAUCACUAGCGUUGCACAACCCAAGUGUCACUGCUUACGUGCUUUUCGGUCAGGAACGAGUCAACAGCAACUCCAUCACAUUGCGGACACUUACGGCAAACUAUAAAAACAUCCACGUUAUCGGUCUCAAUAUGGAUAAUUAUUUAGCCGGUUCGCCUUUGGAACAUUGGUACAAAUUCACCGACUGGAGGAACGGACCUUACCAUGUCGCUCAUUUCAGUGAUGGCCUUCGUUUGCUCACGCUGUCGAGAUACGGGGGCUACUAUUUCGAUCUUGACAUCAUCCACGUACGGCCGGUGACCUACUAUCGUAAUUUCAUUGGCACAGAAGAUGGAGGCACAGCGUCGAAUAGCGUAAUCCAUUCGGAUUAUGGCUACCCUGUUAUGCAGAUGGCAAUUAAUGAUUUCCCUGCCAAUUACAGAGCUGAUGCUUGGACCCAUAACGGACCUGAUUUAUUGGGCAGAGUUUUGACUAAAUGGUGCGGAGUAGGCAGCCUUCCAGAAAUGAAUUACCUCAAAUGUCGUGGGUUCAGUAUCCUACCGCAAACAUCGUUCUAUCCGGUACAUUAUGGCAAUUGGCAAGAAUUUUUCAAGCAAAGAUAUUCAAAUGAUACCAUGACUCCUGAUUGGCUGACGACGGAUGUGAUCGGUGUUCACAUUUGGAACAAGUUAAGCUACGGAGAGCCAGUCUUCCGGAAUUCGACACAAUAUUAUACGCAGCUAGCUCGUAUCCAUUGCCCUGCCACAUUUUCUAUUGCUCCUGAUGUCUUUUAGAAUUGAAAUAAAAGAAAAAGAAAUUCA